CAUUCCCAUGCCCAUUGGUUGCUGCCGUCUAGGGCAGCCAAUCAGCGUCUCCCGAGUUCCUCUGUAAAGCCUCCACCGACCCUGACAGUAAGAGUCCCGAACUCCGAGAAUGGGGGUGAUGGCUCCAGAAUCCUGCUCCUGCUGCUGUCGGGGACCCUGGUUCUGCCCGAGACCUGGGCGGGCUCCUACUCCCUGCGCUACUUCCACAUUGCGGUGUCCAGGCCCGGCCGCGGGGAGCCCCGCUUCAUGACCUUGGGCUACGUGGACGACACGCAGUUCAUGCGCUUCGACAGCGACGCCCUGGAUCCGAGGGAGGAGCCGCGGGCAGUGUGGAUGGAGGAGGAUCAGGCGUAUUGGGAUCGGAGCACACAGAUCCACAAGGACACCGCACAGAUUUACCGAGUGAGCCUGCGGAACCUGCGCGGCUACUACAACCAGACCGAGGAUGACUCUCACACCCUCCAGACCAUGUACGGCUGCUAAGUGGGGUCGGACGGGCGCCUCCUCCGCGGGUACGAGCAGCACGCCUACGACGGCGCGGAUUACAUCUCCCUCGCUGAGGACCUGAGCUCCUGGGUGGCGGCGGACACCGCGGCUCUGAUCACGCAGCGCAAGUGGGUGGAGGCCGGUGCUGCAGAGAGCACCAGGGCCUACCUGGAGGGCACCUGCGUGGAGUGGCUCCGCAGACACCUGGAGAACGGGAAUGAGACGCUGCAGCGCGCAGACCCCCCAGAGACUCACGUGACCCGCCACCCCGUCUCCAAGGAAGAGGUGACCCUGAGGUGCUGGGCCCUGGGCUUCUACCCCGCCGAGAUCUCCCUGACCUGGCAGCGGGGUGGGCAGGACCUGACCCAGGACAUGGAGCUGGUGGAGACCAGGCCUGCAGGGGACGGAACCUUCCAGAAGUGGGUGGCUGUGGCGGUGCCUUCGGGAGAGGAGCAGCAUUACACGUGCCGUGUGCAGCAUGAGGGGCUGCCCGAGCCCCGCACCCUGACCUGGGAGCGGCCUCUUCCUCCCACCAUCUCCAGAGGAGUUGAAGUCGUCGUGGUCAUUGCCGCCCUCCUCGGCGUCCUGGUCAUUGUAGCUGCGGUGGCUGUUGUGAUGUGGAGGAGAAAGAGGGCCGGUGGGAAAGGAGCGAGCUACACUGCGGCUGCAGGCAGUGACCGCGCCCAGGGCUCGGACUCAUCUCUCAUGACGUGAGCAGCCUCCCACCUGGCUCACAGGCCAGCACAGCCAGGCCCGGCUGUGUCUCCAUCUCCUGCUGGGCCCCGAGAGCUGAGGCUGUGCCAGGCUGCAGCCCAAGCCCCUGCCCCCAGUGCUUCACGAAGACAGCAGAGUUUCCUGAUGAAGAUAUAAAUGGAGUGGAGCAGACACAGCUUUUUCCAGGAUGCUUCCCUCUUUAUCCCACCCUUGUUUUAAUUAAAGCCCUAAAACCAUUUGAUGAGCACUGGGGUUGGUGACCUCAGCACUUCUGGGAUCCCCACAUGCCCCUGCUCUGUACGCGACCCUAAUAAACUCAUGUAC